UGAACUCAGAACCAUGAGGCUGAUCUUCCUUGUGUGCCAGCUUGGACUCAUUUUGAGGACCAAGGCCCAGAUUCCAGAUGCUUGCGCUCUUAGCGAUACAAACAGACCUCCAAGAAACACGGACAUAUCCGUGGUCUGUGGCACUCAGUUUAUGGACCUGAGCAUCUUCAUCUGCCCUAUGUACAAUGCUCUUUACAAUGAGUCAAUGAUGGUCCUCAAUAAUCAGUUCAACACACCUGAGUGUUAUGGGAAAGCUGACUGGAACAUGACUCCACCUGUCUUAAAAUUCAGAUUUCCCAUGAAUGAAAGUGCUGUCUCAUCCUGCAAUAAUAACUUUAAGGUAACCACUCAGGUUGGAACUGGAGUGUUUGCGGACUUCUCCAACGUCCAGUACGUCAACAUCUCUGGCAUUGUUAACUCCGUAGACCCGUCUGCGGGUAUGAUCACCUAUCGCCAGCAGAUCAAGUACAUGUUUUCCUGCUUCUACCCAAUGCAGUAUCUCCUGAACAACACUCAAUUGGCCGUAUCAGGUACGAGUCUUGCCAUCAGAGACAACAACGGUAGCUUCAUCACUACACUGAGCAUGCAGCUCUACGAAGAUAGCGCUUACACAAAGAUCCUUACUAUACCGCAAACAGGACUGAACCUGAAGACCAAGAUUUAUGUUUCAGUUAAAGCUACCAACCUAACAGAAAGAUUCAACGUGCUGCUGGACAGAUGCUACGCAUCAACAAAUCCAUAUCCCGUGGCCAGCACCUCUUAUGACCUUUUUGUAGGGUGUCAACGGGACCCACAGACUAAGUUGGAUGUCAAUGGGAUGUCUCAGAAAGCAUCCUUCUCCUUUGAGGCCUUCAGAUUUGUGGAGCACAAAAAUCAGACAGUUUCUACUUUCUACCUGCACUGCGUCACCCGGCUCUGUGAGGUGGCCUCGUGUCGUGGGUUAAUGCCGACCUGUGGUGCCAAAAGAAGGAGAAAGAGAGAGGUCGCAGAUGUGAUUGGUAACGGAACAGUCACCUCGCCAGCCAUCGUUGUGGGAAAACUAAGCAGUGAAGAGGCUCAAACUUUCUCGGCUUCUCUAGGUAUGCCGUCCGAGGCCAACUACAGCAGCCCUGUGGUGGCUGUGAUUGUCUGCAUCGUGAUCCUAACCAUUCUCCUUGUCGUCAUGGGUGUGUACUUUGUGUUGUUCAUCAAACGGAGAAAAGCACUCCUCCAGUAACAUCCCCUGAGUGAGCGCGGAGUCCCUUCACCUAUCUCCCGAACUACCAGUUAACCAUCAUCUUCAAAGUAUCACCGUUCUGCUGCAGAGACAGUAAUACAAGUUAUGAGAAACAAUAGAAAUAUUAUACUAUACUACUAUUUCCAUUUCACAAACAGCAGUAUCACUAGGUGUUCAGCAGUAGUCUAGGCUUGCAACUGUAUAACCAUAAUAAAUCACAUCAUCUGUAAUGAAAUUGAGUAUUACGACGAUGUGUCUUUAAUUAUGUUGUCCGAGUAUAUUGUAGUAUGCGAUCAAUGGUGGCAUUUUUUGUAAUAUAAUAAAGAAUAAUGUGGUUUGGGUUCAAAUCAGACGUUACUUCUGGCUAUGCAUGUGACACACAACAUGACAUUGCUCAGUUUGGUUGAAAAACAAGAUGUUUGAAUGGGACACAACCCGUGUCCUGGAUGAAAGUCUUGUGCUUGUUUAAACUAUGCGCCCCCCCAACGCACCUCCUAAUGCAGAAUCUGAUGCUCUUAUACGUUGUGAUCAUUCUUUCUGCUUUGCUCUUGUAUAAUUACUUGGGCCCCUAGAAGACACUGUCCCUAUAAACUGUUUUAGCUGUACGUCCUUGCCUGUUUAGAAUUACAUACAUAUAUUUAACCCUUGUUUGGUAUUUGGGUCAAAUUUUUACAAGAAGAAAAAUGGUACAAGUAUACAUUAUUCUACCUGAAAAUCAAUGGCUUAAUCUUAUUUUCUGUGAUAAACAUGUAUUGCUGACUCAAUUUCAAAAAAUACUCUGGACAUGACCACUUAUGUUUUUCCAU